UCGAGCUGCGUCGGGGUUCCGAGGCUGACGGUUGGCAGAAAGCUGGCUCCGUUUCUGCGCGAGAGCCGCUGAGAGCCCCGCUCGCCCUCCGCGCGCUUCGCAGUUUCUCCUCCCGUCAGGUCUUCGUCUGAAAGUAAUGACAAUGCUGGGCAUGUACGUGCCAGACAGGUUCGCUCUGAAGUCUUCCAAAGUCCAAGACGGAGUCGGGCUUUACACUGCGAGGCGAGUGAAGAAGGGAGAGAAGUUUGGUCCGUUUGCUGGGGAGAAGAGAAUGCCCAGUGAUUUGGAUGAGAGCAUGGACCCCAGGCUGAUGUGGGAGGUUCGAGGGAACAGAGGCGACGUGCUGUACAUACUGGACGCCAGCAACCCCCGGCACGCGAACUGGCUCCGCUUCGUGCACCAGGCCCCAUCUCAGGAGCAGAAGAACCUGGCUGCCAUCCAGGAUGGGGAGAACAUCUUUUAUCUGGCUGUGGAUGACAUCGAGACAGACACGGAGCUCUUGAUUGGCUAUCUGGAUAGUGACAUGGAGGAGGAAGAGGAGGAUGAGGAAGAAGAUGAGAUCAUCAAAGACGAAGACGAGAACAGCAAAGAGGCCAAGCUCCUCAGCACAGAGCCAGAGGCAGUAAUAAAGAAGGAGGAUCACCCAUGCCUGCUGUGUGAGAGCAGUUUCCCCAGUGAGGAAGUUCUGGCUGAACACCUGCAGAGUCUGCACCAAAGAGGCAGCGCAGAGGAAAAGGAGUUCAAGUGCCGCAACUGUGGCAAAGAGUUCCCCAUCAAACAAGCACUCCAGCGCCACGUUCUCCACUGCACGGAGAGUCCGACUUUGACAGGAGACGCGUCUAAAGUUCACCAGUGUUCUCUCUGCCACAGCUCAUUCUCCUCUGAGUCUAGCUUUGAGCAGCAUAAGGAGGCGUGUAAAGGAGAUGCCAGAUUCAUCUGUAAGGCAGAGAGCUGUGGAAAGAGAUUCAAGAGCAAAGAUGCUCUGAAAAAACACAAAGGCAACGUUCACACAGGUAGUGCACGCAGGAAGCUCAUAUGCACCAUCUGCAAUAAGAAAUGCUCAUCCUCAGUCAACCUGCAGGAGCAUCGCAAGGUCCAUGAGAUAUUUGACUGUCCUGCCUGUGACAAGAAAUUCAUCUCAACCAAUCAGCUGAAACGGCAUAUGAUCACACAUUCAGAGAAACGUCCCUACACUUGCGAGAUCUGCAAUCGCAGCUUUAAGCGCUUGGACCAGGUUACAGCUCACAAGAUCAUUCACAGUGAAGACAAACCAUAUAAGUGUAAGCUGUGUUGGAAAGCAUUUGCCCACCGCAACGUCUACAAGAAUCACAAAAAGACUCACUCAGAGGAGAGGCCUUUCCAGUGUGAGGAGUGUAAGGCCCUAUUCCGCACUCCAUUCUCCCUACAGCGCCAUCUCCUCAUCCACAACAGUGAGAGGACGUUCAAGUGUGACCAGUGUGACGCCACGUUUAAGCGCAAGGACACACUGAACGUGCACAUUCAGGUCGUACACGAUGGACACAAAAAAUACAAGUGUGACCUGUGCGAGAAAGCCUUCGUCACUCCCUCCGUACUCAAGAGCCACAAGAAGACACACACAGGAGAGAAGGAGAAAAUUUGUCCGUACUGUGGUCAGAAAUUUGCUAGCAACGGAACUCUGAGGGUGCAUAUCCGCAGCCACACAGGUGAACGCCCUUAUCAGUGCCCUUACUGUGACAAGGCCUUCAGCAAGAAUGAUGGGUUGAAGAUGCACAUCCGUACACACACUCGGGAGAAGCCAUAUAAAUGCAGUGAGUGUAACAAGGCCUUCAGUCAGAAGCGAGGUCUGGAUGAGCACAUGCGUACACACACCGGAGAGAAGCCCUUCCAGUGUGACGUUUGUGACCUGUCAUUCAGUCUGAAGAAGAUGUUGAUCAGACACAAGCUCACCCACAACCCCAACCGGCCAAUGGCAGAGUGCUCACUCUGCCACAAGAAGUUCACCCGCAAUGACUACCUCAAAGUGCACAUGGAAAAUGUCCAUGGAGAAACAGAAGGGUAGAAUGCUGCUUACCUGUACCGUGUGUUCCCUGUUUGUUGGAUACACUUACGGUACCAUGUAUCUACACCAGCGGAGGGGACUUGCACCUGAGUCCAGCAUAGUCUCCUAAUUUCCAUGCUUUAAGACACCAGCUAAACGUGCCAAUUAAAUCAGGUAUUAAUGAGCCAGACAAUUGCCAAACUGCAGGAAUCUCCUGAUGUACACACAUUGGCCAUUUUAUCAGAAACACCAUAUAGGUGCAUUUUGUAGAUACACAAUUUCACGCUGUAGCCCAUCAGUUAUUGCAGAAUUUAUCACUCUUUUCACUGUCCGUUAGUAGAGAGAACGAGACCACAUCCGGACAACUGAUGAAGGGCAAGAGAAUGGCUAACACAGGAUGUAUGUGGAAAAAAAUGAGCUGUAGUCUAAAACUGUACUUCUACUAGGAAAACCAAUAAGGUAGGUGUGUCUAAGAGCAGGCAGUAAGUUGACACUAUUUAAAACCCCCAGCAGCACUGCUGUGCCUGAUGUACUCAGGACAACAUAACAGUAUUGGUCCACCAUCCAAAUAACAUUUGCCUGUGGUGGUGUAGAGGGGCGUGGUUGAUUGUUCAGUAGAAGAUGGGAUACGGUCUGUGAUUGUAAAUUUGCAAUUGCACCUGUACACUCGCCACUUUAUUAGGUACUAAUGUCUACACUUGUGUCUACACUCAUUACCCAUUUUAUCAGAUUCAGUUACAGUUGCCAUUGACCGUAGUCAAUGUGGUUUUCUCUGUGCUUUGUUAGCCCCCUUUUACCCUUAGUGGUCAGAGGUAUUAUUCAUGUGGUGGAUCAUUUUCAGCAAUGCGGUGACACUGAUGGUGAACCUUAAAAUAAAAUGGACAGCGAGUGUAGAUACAAGGUAGGUGUGCUUAGUAAAGUAGAAAAUCACUUUAUGCAAUCAUAUUCAAAAGUUUGGACGCCCCUUGGCAGAUUACAUGCUUUGUUGAGUUUCUAAGUGACAAUAACACAUUCUUUACAGAUAACAAAUUUCUGCACAUUUGAAUCCAAAAUUAUUUGCUGAAUUUAACAUAUUGGGGAAAGAAAUACAACAUACAGUGUGGUCUUUGCAAACUUAAUGGCACAUUUAAUAUUUAAAGUUUUAUUUUUGUUCCAAUUUGUUAAACUCAGCAAAUUAAUAGAAAUAGACUGUUAAAAAUGGCAGAAAAAGCCUUAUUUAAGUUGUUAACAGUUAGCAAAACGUCAUUUGACCAGGGGUGUUCAAACUUUUGUAUACUUUGCAUCCAACUGUACACACAACCACACACACACACACACACACACACACACACAACCACACACACACACACACACACACAGUCAGGAACAGGUGAACAAGUUAGAGAAUGCGUACAUUCGAUGUUGAACCACAGACAUAAAGAUUUACCCAAAGUCACUCAUUCAGUCUGACUGACAUGCACACACUAACACAUACUGCAGUAUUCAGCAAUGCUGCAGUACUGUAGUAAUUCAAUACUGAAUGCUGCUUUUCUCAGUGCAAUCCUAGCCUCAUUAUCUAUCUAUCUAUCUCAACUAUGCAUGACUCUGCUGAACAGCCAGUAUAUAUAGAGGGAGCCAUAUCAAAGCACACAGCCUGCAUUUACUGUAUGCACAGAACAUAAUUCAUAUCACAGUUAAACUGCACAAACAAUUCUCCAAACAUAAACAUGCACACACUGAUGGUUCUGCGGCUUCUGUUUCCAUUGAACACAGUGAUGUUUUCCUUAAUGGAUGAAUAUUGAGUAGUGCAGGUGGGAGCGAUGCAAUAAUAAAACAAUAUUGUUUUAUAAAAUUCACACUUUUCAGCAGGAAUAAAAAUGUUAAAUUUAUUACAAAUAUGUUACUUGUAUGUUAAGUAUAGUCAGCGUUCUUUUGUCAGUAUUUUUAUGUCAUACUUACUGCUAUCAGGGGACGUUUUGUUAUUAUUCGUGGGACCAAAAAAGGAGCUCAGUGUUGAUUGAGUUCGUGUUGUUCAUCGUUUGUUGUUACCAUUGUUUUUUGGGAUAUUGAAGUUGAAAUCAAAGUUUGUAAUUCUGACUCUUUUACACAUAUCUGUAUCUUUCUAUACUUACGCUGUGUAAGUUUACUGCUUCAGUUCCAUCUGUAUGGACCUCGGUAAGUAAUAUAUUUACUGUAACGACUGUUACUGUUUCAGCAUAGCAAGUCUGUGAAUGUAUGAAAGUGCUUUGUUAGUCUGGAAUGGAAAGGAUGACUGAGUGAAAAAGAAAGAAAGCAUUUAUGUGAGUAAGAUGAUGUGUGUCUAGUGCUUCUUCAGACUGAGUUUUUUUCACUGAAGUGUCCUCAUCAGCACUUUAUGAAAAUCCCUGAUUCCCAGGCAGCUGUUUGCUUUUGCUAAUUAUAAACCUUUGAGCCUGGGUAAACUGUUGAUGGCAGGCUAAUCAUAUGUACUUUGAGCGUUGAUUACAAGUGUUCUUUCGAGAGUCAUUAACUAAAGCCCGACUCCAAGCAUGGUAACUGCGGGUUAGAGCCUGAUUAAAGCUUUAACUUGGCUCGAGCCGCCACUGACUUGUCAAAGACAACACCUUAAAAUUUCACACACUUGAUCAGUCCUGUGAUCUGCACAUCAUACAUGUUCAGCCUUUAAAGGACAAAAUUAAUUGAUCAGCAAAUUGGGGCCUUAAGUCUGUAGUACUUGAGCACAUAUAUCAGGUUUAAAUGCAUACUUUUCUUGAACAUUGAUUGCUGUUUGUGUCCUGCUAUUCAACAUCCAUAAAGAGUACGUGGUAAUCAUGAAUUUGCUAAUAAAAUGACAAUCUUUAUAUUUUA